AACACCAAAAAUGGAUCAGUCCAGCUCCAAUCAAAUUACAGAAUCGCAGAACCUUAACUCGGAAACCUUUUCAAGCCAAACUGAGAUGCCGAACCAGAUUGCAGCUGUUAGCCAAACUGAGAUCCCCCACAUGGAUGCUGAUUUGUACAAGGCUUUGUAUAGAGGUGAUAUCAGUCCUCAAGGGGAAGUACUCGGAAUUUGCUCAUCUUCAACCCCAACUAACCCCAAAAAGGAACACUGUCCUCCACAUUGCAGCCCAGUUCGGUCAGCUGGCAUGCGUAGAGUGGAUCCUUGACUCUCAUUCAUGUUCACCUCUACUGCAGCAGCCCAAUCUUAAAGGCGACACUCCACUUCACCUUGCUGCGAGAGAAGGCCAUAGGGCGGUUGUGGAAGCUCUCCUUGAUGCAAAAGCACUUCACUUAGAGAUCGAAAGUGGCGUUGGAACAGACAAGGCGAUGCUGAGGAUGACCAAUAAGGAGAAAGACACAGCCUUGCACGAGGCGGUGCGGUAUCAUCACUCAAAAGUGGUGAAGUUAUUGAUUGAGGCAGACCCUCACUUCAUCUAUGGUGCUAACAGUACAGGCUACACUCCUCUUUACAUGGCUGCCGAGAGAGAAUAUGAGGACUUGGUGGAAAUAAUCAUAGACACCAGCCCUUCAUCAGAUCACAAAGGCAUCGAGGGUAGAACAGCUUUGCAUGCUGCUGUACUCUGCCGUCACCAAGCAAUGACAAAGAAGAUACUAGGAUGGAAGCCAAUGCUAAUCAAAGAAGUGGAUGAAAAUGGCUGGUCUCCGCUUCAUUGUGCUGCAUACAUGCGUGAUGCCGCAAUUACCAAGCAAUUACUAGACGAAUCAUCACAAGACAAGUCUGUAAUCUACCUUGGAAUAAAAAAUAGCAACAGAACAGCCCUUCACAUUGCAAGUUACAAUGGCUGUAUGGACAUAGUAAAGUUGCUGCUGUCACAUGCUCCAGAUUGUUGUGAGCAGGUUGAUGAGAAUGGCAAUAAUGUUUUUCACUUUGCCAUGAUGAAGAAGCACCCUUCUCAUUUUGGUAGUGAGUUAUUAAUAAAGGAUGGAUUAAGAGUGAGAGGACUUGUAAAUGAGAAAGAUGCUCAAGGAGACACACCCCUCCACCUGCUUGCUUCUUUCGGAGUUAAUGAUGUAGAUUUCAUAUUGGACGAAACGGUGGAUAAGAUGGAACGGAACAAAGAAAAGUUAAACUUUUCUGACAACUUUAUUUCUUCCCGGAAUAAAUUUUCAUGGGGCACGCUCUCUGCGUUAGAAUGUCCGCAGUUAUAUCACCUACAUGAGAGAAGUAAGGAAUAUCUUAGACGGCCUUUUAGAUCUUCCAGUUCGCAGCAGGCACAAGUAGAUGACCGAUUUGAAGGAUUUAAGAAAUAUUCAAGACUGCCUUUUAGACCUUCCAGUUUGCAGCACGUCAUCAGAAAGGAUGACAGCAAAUAUGGUGGCAAAAUAGAUGAUGAUGAGGAGGAGGAUGAUAAAAUCAUCUCUUCCGUGAAAAAAGCAAGUGAAACCCAUUUGAUAGUGGCAACACUUACGGCAACAGUAACCUUUGCGGCAGGUUUCACCUUGCCUGGUGGUUACAGCGACACAGAUGGGAUGGCAAUCUUAACAAAGAAAGCAUCUUUCAAAGCAUUUGUUGUGUCGGAUACCAUAGCCCUGACGUUCUCGCAGCCUCUUCCAUCUCCAUGCUUCACAUGUUGGGCGUGAGAGCAUGCGUCUUGGGCGGUGGAAACUAAAAAUUGUUCGGCUUUGUGGAGCCUAGUUUUGUUUGAUCUGGUUUGACGACCGACCGAAUAAUAUUGCAUGACUUUUUUAAUGGAAGAUUUACUGAGGCCUGUUGGGCCCGUUUAGCACAUUGUGGAACCACAUUUUGUAAUUAAGGUUUUUUUAGUGUGGUGUGGUUGCCGUGUUAUAUAUAGAGAGAAAAUAUUAUAGCCAUUGGAGUUUUUGUACUCUGUAUUUUUCCCUGAUAAUAGUAAUAUCCCUGUAACUCCGUGGA